AUGGCGACUCUGCAAUUCACAUUCACCGAUUCAGCUACUCUAUACAAACCGUCGUUAUCUCAAUUACCUUCUAAAUCUAUUCAUUCUCGAACUCGAAGUUUCGUCGUCAAAGCUUCUUCCGAACUCUCCAGAACCAGAAGACAGUUCAUCGCGGAAACCACGGCUAUAUCGGUGUUAGUACCUUCUCAGUUGGUGAAAGCUGAAGAAACUCUUUCUGAGUGGGAAAGAGUUUAUCUACCUAUCGAUCCUGGUGUUGUGCUUCUGGAUAUUGCUUUUGUUCCGGAAGACCCUAACCAUGGUUUCCUUCUGGGGACGAGGCAAACCCUUUUGGAGACUAAAGAUGGAGGAAACACUUGGGCUCCGCGAUCUAUACCAUCUGCAGAAGAUGAAGAUUUUAACUAUAGGUUUAAUUCUAUCAGCUUCAAAGGGAAAGAAGGAUGGAUAGUGGGAAAACCUGCAAUUCUGCUCUACACUUCUGAUGCUGGAGAAAGUUGGGAAAGGAUACCACUCAGUGCUGAGCUUCCAGGCGAUAUGGUAUACAUAAAGGCAACCGCUGACAAGGGUGCGGAGAUGGUGACUGAUGAAGGUGCAAUAUAUGUUACCGCAAAUAGAGGAUACAAUUGGAAGGCUGCUGUUCAGGAAUCAGUGUCGGCUACGCUUAAUAGAACAGUUUCUAGUGGUAUUAGUGGUGCAAGUUAUUACACUGGAACUUUCAAUACUGUCAAUCGAUCUCCCGAUGGAAGGUAUGUUGCAGUCUCAAGUCGUGGCAACUUCUACUUGACCUGGGAGCCUGGACAGGCGUACUGGCAGCCACAUAACAGAGCAGUUGCUAGGAGAAUCCAAAACAUGGGAUGGAGAGCUGAUGGAGGUCUGUGGCUUCUUGUCCGUGGAGGUGGUCUUUAUCUCAGCAAGGGCACAGGGAUAACCGAAGAAUUUGAGGAAGUUCCUGUUCAAAGCCGGGGAUUUGGCAUUCUUGAUGUUGGGUAUCGUUCAACGGAUGAGGCUUGGGCAGCAGGUGGGAGCGGUGUUCUCUUGAGAACUAAUAACGGUGGCAAGUCAUGGAUCCGUGACAAAGCUGCUGACAACAUUGCUGCAAACUUAUACGCAGUAAAGUUCAUUGAUGACAAGAAGGGAUUUGUAUUGGGAAAUGAUGGAGUCUUGCUUCGCUACCUUGGAUAG